CAUUGACCUCGUUAUCCUCAGCUACGCACUGGCUGACCUCUACAUCAACCUCCAACAAAUUAUAAAAACAGCAGCCAUAAAACCCCAAACAAACAGAGCCCACCCGCUUUAGUCUUGUACAAUGUCGAGUGAUGAAACACAAACACUCCCUCUACAAGGGCGAGUUGCCAUCGUAACCGGGGGCUCUCGCGGCAUAGGCCGGGCCAUUUCUCUCCACCUCGCCUCACUCGGUGCAAAAAUCGUCAUCAAUUACUCUUCCAACUCUAACCAAGCUCAGCUCUUAGCCUCCCAGCUCAACUCCACCUCCAAUUCUUCUAGUCCUGUCGCGAUUUCGGUUGGAGCCGAUAUUUCAGAUCCUGAUCAAGUCAAGUCACUGUUCGAUCAGGCUGAGCAGCAUUUUAACACCAAGUCUCACAUCCUGGUCAAUUCUGCUGGCAUUCUUGAUUCCAAGUAUCCAACUCUGGCGAACACCACAUUAGAAGACUGGGACAACACUUUCAAUGUUAAUGCAAAAGGUGCAUUUUUGUGUUGUCGAGAGGCUGCCAAUCGUCUAAAACAUGGAGGCGGAGGAAGAAUUGUGACAUUAACGACUUCGCUGGUUGGUGCAUUGACACCAGGGUACGGUGCUUAUGUAGCUUCAAAGGCGGCUGUGGAAGCGAUGGUCAAGAUUUUGGCAAAAGAGAUGAAAGGAAGCGGUGUGACAGUCAAUUGUGUUGCUCCAGGGCCUGUGGCUACUGAAAUGUUUUUUGCUGGAAAAUCCGACGAAAUGGUCAAGAGGAUUGCAGAGGCUUGUCCAUUAGGAAGAUUGGGAGAACCAGAUGAUAUUGCGAAAGUUGUUGGAUUUUUGGUUAGUGAUGCUGGGGAGUGGGUUAAUGGACAGAUUGUUCGUGUUAAUGGAGGAUUUGUUAUUUGAUUUCUCUUUGUUUGUCACUAUUUCACGAUAUGUUUCUUGAUUAGCAUGUAUGAUGCUUGAUUUGGACCA